UCAACUUAUACUUCCUCGAGUAGACCAAUCCUUUCCAACUCCAGUUUAGGUCGCAUUCACAUUUCUCGCAACUGGAGCACAUAGUUCAUUCUUCUUUAUUUGAUCCUGAAAACGAAAGAUCUACGCCACCAACGAUGGGAUUUAGGAGACGAUUCAUCGGUUUCACGGGGGCCAUUCAGAUAUUGCUAACCCUGGUUAUGUUCAUUAUGACGUCACAGCUUCCAGGCUUUUCCACGGUGCAAAUCACCAAUAACGCCGUAGGCACCCCUCUUUGGGGUGGUAUAAUUUUAUUGAUGUGCGGUGCUGGUAACAUCAUAGAUGCCCUGGAAUCUCCCUCAAAGAAACGAUCUCCACAGCAAGACUAUAAUAUGUUACCUCUCAACUUCACCACCCUCCUUGCAAACUUGACAGCCUUCGUCGUCUCGGCGCUCAUCCUCGGUCUCUUCUCGUGGUCAUUGAGCACGGUCGUAACCCUCGUGGUCGUACAUUUCUCGACCGUCAUCGUCGCUGCUAGUCUCAUCUGUAUAUUCUCUCUCUUCGCUCUCUUUGCUGAUUGUUUUGGUGUCUGCUUUGCACCACCCCCGCAUCACCAGAGACCGUACUACGUUGACUAUGACGGACCACCACGCGGCAUGCCCAACCAAGUCUUCAAAGCAUAAGCAUUUCCGAGAUUAGAAAAUCAGACCUUACGCGAGGAAUCAAAAUACUGAACUAGCAACAGGUUGAUUUGUCUUUUGAAUCUGAAGGUCAAUUUGCACGUGACCGUGCCGAGGCAAAAUGAUUGGCGUAUCAAACGAUUAAAAGUAUAGAUGACCACGCCCUUUUCUUGGAUUGACGAAUGGGAGGCCUUAGAUAGAUUGAAAUUGGAAUAAUGGCGUAAUCAGCGUUGUUGUUGCUGAUUUCGGCGCUUACCCUUCAGACGCGAGAAUUAACUUUUUUUUUUUUUACCGUGAAUCACUUUUUCCCGUCCCGGGUUAAACGGUCGCUGUACAGCUAAUUGAAAACAGCCAUUUUAUUUAAUUGUUAUCAUUAUUAUCAUUAAUAUUGUUGUCGUUAUAAUUACUAUUGUUAU